AUCACAUUCAGAAUAUCACAGUACAGUAGUCUGACCUGCAGUGCUGGUGAGAAAAUAUUAUUGGAGAGGUCAUCCUUGGAUUCCUAAUGUAAACCAAGGAGUGUAUUAAUCUACAGUAACUACAUUCCAUUCAGUCAUUUUGCCAUGAUUUCAAGACUAGCUAUACUACUGAUUCUAUUGCUUCAACAAAGAUACAUUUCAGCUCAGCGAGGUUUACUUCCUAGCGUAGUGUUACACACAAAUCAGCAGUCCGGAGUUUAUGUUGAAGGAGAAGACAUCAUAAUUUCUUGCAUCUUAUUAAGACAACAAAGGGCUUGUGAAGCUUGGGAGUUACAUACCCCAUUUCAUUAUUCUAGAUUUUUCCAAUUGUCUGUUAUAUUACAGAAAGUAAAAAAGCAUCAAGGCCUCUAUUUUUGUCGGUGCAUUUCUAGGAACAGUAACAGCCAAUAUGAAGUGUCAUCAGAAUCUGCCAGUAAAAGAAUUACUGUGACAGAUCCUGUACCAAAGCCCAUACUGAAUACAAACAGUUCUACCAAUGUCUUUCUCCUAAGAGAGGUGAUCAUCUUCUGGUGUGGCUAUAGCACACAAUUAUUUUGUAACUCCUGGGAGUUGUACAAAGAUUAUGCACAUCUUGAAGCAUUUCGCAGACAGAGGUUUAUGCCGCUGCAAAUACAAAACAAGUCAGAUGCAGGAUCCUACUACUGUCGAUGUACAAAACAGGUUACUGGGAGAGAUAUAAGCUCUGAUAAUAGUAACACGCUGAAAAUUAUUGUAACUGAUCGUAUAUCAACACCUCUGCUGACUACAAACCAUUCAGCCAAUAUGUUUCUUCAAGGAGAUGUCAUCAGCUUCAGAUGUGGCUAUGAUGUAGAAUCAUCUUGUAAUUCCUGGGAGCUGUACAAAAAUGAUGAAAUAAUUCCAAAAAGAACAUCAUCCACAAGACACCUCAUGUUGCAUGUUCAAAACAAGUCAGCUGCAGGAUCUUACCACUGCCGAUGCACAGAAAAUGUUAAUGGAAGAAUGCUAAGUUCUAAAAAUAGUAACACACUGGAAAUUACUAUAACUGACUACAAAUCACACACCUUGAUGAUCCUGAGAAUCUGCUGUGUCUUUGUUAUUCUUGCAUUGCUAGCAGGAGUAAUGACUGCAGUAUUAUAUAAUAAAGAAAAACUAUGUUUCGCUAAGCACAAAAGGAAUGGAUCCACUACACCAGAUGCUACAGUAGAAUAUGAGGUCAUGCCAGACUCCAAGCUAAAAUCUGUGGAUCAUACCUAUGAAAAUAUAACUUGUGAAGCUAAAGAAUCUGCUGACAAAGCCAGCCAGAUCACAUAUGCAACUUUCAACACAGAAGCAUUAACAUCUCAAAAUAUUUCAUCUACCACAGUCGAAGAGCAUCCAUAUUUAUAUGCAUCUGUUAAUGUUUAAUGCAUAUAUAGCAAUAUUAUUUGUUCUGUAACAUGCAUAAUUAAAUAUGCUUUAUUCACUGCUUUGAAUUCCAUGAAAAGGGGAUCUAUGCAAAUUUUACAAAACUGAAAUACAUAUCCAUGAAAAUUGCAAAUGAUAUCUUGUCUGUCAACGUUCAUUCAUGUGACUGCUUGAUACAAUUUGAAAAUAUCAGAAAUAUAUUUUUAUGAAAAACAGCAACCGGAGAGCACAGUUUCUGUUAUCUAUUGUAGUAAUUAACACACUGUAAUUCUUCAAUGCAUUCAUUGAACAUUAGUUUAAUUUUCUUUCUGUUAUUUGGAAUAUGUAAGAUGGACUGUAUAAUUUCCACAAUCAGGAAUUAUGUUAGUUUGAUCGGGAUCUAUAUCAUCAGAUCGAAUGUUUAAAAUCUGUAAUGCUCUAAAGAAUGAAAAUGCUGAAAUGCAAUCUUCUUCCCCCCACACCCCCUGCUAAAUAUAUAUUCCAACUCCAAGAUUGUACUACAGUGAGGAAAGGGCAAAUAUUCCAAUCUUCACUGUACCGCUUUCUCAAAAAAAGCACUUCUAGUUCUGGCAAUCUCGUUCUUUAGACUGUUCGAGAUUUUAAACAUUCGAUCUGAUGAUAUAGACCCAGUCUAAUCAGUUUUUAGGUCAGUGCACAUGUUUUGAUAAAUAAGAGAGGUUUAAUUUAAUUGUGUUGUGCAACUGCUGACUGGAAACUGUAUACCUCUAUGUCAGAAGUAUAUAAUGAAAUAAAGAAAGAAAUUUAAUCUGUGCCACUGGGUCAAAAUGGUACAAUGGAAACUGAAAAAUAUUUUUACAUAGAUAAUAUGUGAAGAAAAUCGCACAGGACAAUGUAUACUUAUGCUAAUUUGCAUUUUUUGUCAAACAUACAUACAUACAAAUAUUUCAAGCACGGGCAUUAUAGCUGUUCUAGCUUGUCAGUAUGCCAAAACACUUGUUCCCAUAAUAAAUGUCCAGGCUGAGCUCAAAAAUAUUUAAGCUAGUACUUGCUUUAA